AUGAUUUCGUUGAGUGACGAGGGUUUCUCCGUGAAAUGCGACGUCUCCUCGUAUAAACCCGAUGAAUUGAAAUUGCGAUUGGACGGGGAUGUUUUGUUGAUUGAAGGAGAGCACAAAGAGGAGAAUGAACAGGGCUCCGUCCACCUCCGUUUGCAACGUUCCAUUCGAAUUCCCCUACCCGAUGGGCAAACUCUGCUACGAUCUGGCUUUGGAAGCAAUGGCAGAACUUCCAGUCGAGAUGCCCAAUCUUCUCAACUUCCCGAUGAGCAAACUCUGCUACGACCUGAAACU